GCUCCUCCUCUUCCGGCUCAGAGCCUCGCGAGACUGGGCGCUACUUGGACUCUGGGUCUCGCGAGACUUGGAGCUAUAAGCCUAAGAGAGGCCACGUGGCCGCCCUUUUCAGUUCUUCUCCCUUCCAAGAUGGCGCCCAAAGUGAAGAAGGAGGCUGUCCCGGCUAAGACAGAGGCAAAAUCCAAAGCUCUUAAGGCUAAAAAGGCAGUCUUGAAAGGCGUCCAUAGUCACAAGAAGAAGAAGAUCCGGACAUCCCCCACCUUCCGGAGGCCUAAAACCCUGCGGUUACGAAGGCAGCCCAAAUAUCCCCGGAAGAGUGCGCCAAGGAGGAACAAGCUAGACCAUUAUGCCAUCAUUAAGUUCCCGCUGACCACAGAGUCAGCCAUGAAGAAGAUCGAGGACAACAAUACCCUGGUCUUUAUUGUGGAUGUGAAAGCCAACAAGCACCAGAUCAAGCAGGCCGUCAAGAAGCUGUAUGACAUUGAUGUGGCCAAGGUCAACACGCUGAUUCGGCCUGAUGGUGAGAAAAAGGCCUACGUUCGUCUUGCUCCAGAUUACGAUGCUCUCGACGUAGCAAACAAGAUUGGGAUUAUCUAAGAAGCAAGUUGAUGGAGUUGUAGAAUUGCACAAUAAAACCUUGAUAACCACCGUGAA